AAAAAUUCCUCUAAACAAUUUGACAUUUCAGGCAGCAAAACUUUUUUUCUCUCACACAGAUUUUCAUUUAUUUCUUCUUUUGUUUGACAAAAAAAAAACCAAUUCAAGGGAAAAAAUAGAAUUUUCGACGCCUUCAAAAAGAUAAAAAAUGUGUUAAAUUAAUGCAAUUAAACGGUGAAAAAUAGAAAAUAUACUCAAAAUCGACACAAUAUAAAAACAAUACAAGCAAUAAAUAUUUGUUUUUGGUGCGUGAAUAGAGUGUAAUGAACUAAAAAUGUCUUCCAAAAGUGAAUUAAAAAAAUUAUCAGAGGAAUCAUUGUUGCAGCCACCGGAAAAGGUCUUUGACAUUAUAUGCAAAUUAGGCGAAGGCAGCUAUGGCUCUGUGUAUAAAGCUCUACACAAAGAAAGUAGUUCCAUAGUGGCCAUUAAACUGGUGCCGGUGGAGUCUGACCUGCAUGAUAUUAUCAAAGAGAUUUCGAUAAUGCAACAAUGUGACUCGCCAUAUGUGGUGCGCUAUUAUGGUUCAUAUUUUAAACAAUACGAUCUAUGGAUUUGUAUGGAAUACUGCGGUGCCGGCAGUGUAUCUGAUAUAAUGCGUUUACGCAAAAAGACACUGACCGAAGAUGAAAUUGCCGCAAUAAUGUCGGACACUCUGAAGGGUUUAGUGUAUUUACAUUUGCGCCGGAAAAUUCAUCGUGACAUAAAGGCGGGUAAUAUCUUAUUGAAUACUGAGGGUUUUGCUAAACUGGCAGAUUUUGGAGUGGCCGGCCAACUGACCGACACCAUGGCUAAGAGAAAUACUGUCAUUGGAACUCCGUUCUGGAUGGCUCCGGAGGUUAUAGAGGAAAUAGGCUAUGAUUGUGUAGCUGAUAUUUGGUCGCUGGGCAUAACCGCCUUGGAAAUGGCUGAGGGUAAACCACCUUAUGGUGAUAUACAUCCCAUGCGUGCCAUAUUUAUGAUACCACAAAAACCGCCUCCAUCUUUCCGAGAGCCAGAUCGUUGGAGCACUGAAUUUAUAGAUUUUGUAAGUCGCUGUUUAGUUAAGAACCCAGAAGAAAGAGCCACCGCCUCCGAUCUUUUGGACCAUGAAUUCAUACGCAAUGCUAAACAUCGUGGUAUUUUAAAAUCCAUGAUCGAAGAAACCUGUGCCAUACGCGAACAACAACGAACAGCCCGCUCCGUAGGGGGUUCAGUGCAAGGUAGUCAAGCUAAAAGUUUGGCUACUCAGCAAGAAGAUCUCUUACACGAAGAGGAACAAGAGUUUCCCGCUGAAACGGUUAAAACAUUUAUCGAUGAUCCGGGUACAUUGGUGCCAGAGAAAUUCGGCGAAUAUCAGCAGACUUCUAAUGCUUCGGAUGCCACAAUGAUUUCACAUCCCGAAGAUUCUGGCACCUUGUGUCCGGGAAAAAUGGGCGGUUUAGGUGGAGCAGCGGCUAACAAGUCGGCAGAUGGAGCUGAUAUAGCGACAGCGGAUAGUGGUACAAUGGUAGAGUUAGAAUCUAAUUUGGGCACCAUGGUCAUCAAUUCUGAUUCAGAUGAUUCAUCUACGACAAAACGUAAUGAUUUCGUUAAGCCACGCUAUCGUCCACAGUUCCUGGAUCAUUUCGAACGUAAAAAUCCUACAGCCGAUGUAUCCGACAAAGCCACUGAGUAUUCCCCAGCGGCAGCACACGUUGCUGCCCUAGCCGCUCAAGUUAACAAUCAGGGCUCAAAUGUAAAUAAUCUCAAUAAUCACCAACAACUGCAGCAUCCACCACUGUCGAAUGCCAAUUCAAACGAUACAAAUUGGGAGAAUAACAUGGAAAUGCAUUUCCAACAAAUCUCUGCCAUUAAUCAGUAUGGCCUGCAGCAGCAUCAGCAACAUUUGCAGCAGCAACAAUUGCAACAACAGCAACAGGCAGCGGUAAACGCAGCUGCUGCGGCAGCCGCCGCUGCUUAUUAUGGUGUGAAUCCCAUGGUCAAUGAACAACAUCUUUUAGCUUUAAAUCAACAGCAACAGCAUCAAAUGCAACCACCUCCUGCCUAUCCACCGCCACAACAUCAACAACAACAGCCUCAACCACCAGCCCAUCAUCAUCCCCACCAUCAUCUACACACACAAUCGCACAACUACGUGGAUGGUGAAUUUGAAUUUUUGAAAUUUCUCACAUUCGACGACUUGAAUCAACGACUCAAUAAUAUUGACUCUGAAAUGGAGAAAGAAAUUGAGGAACUCAAUAAGAAAUACAAUGCCAAACGCCAACCCAUUGUUGAUGCCAUGAAUGCCAAACGUAAACGUCAACAGAAUAUUAAUAACAAUUUAAUUAAAAUUUAAUGUUAAAAAUGGUAAACAAAAAAAGAAGGUAUUAGUUUAUACAUAUAACAAAAAAAGUAAAGAAAAAUCACAUAAUACUUUAAACGAAAAGAAACACAAACAUAACAGCAAGAAAACCACAAACAAACUUUAAACAUAAUGAAGAGAAAAAAAAUAUAUAUAAAAAUAAAAUUUUUGUUUAUAUUUAUAAAUUAUAAUAAUUAUAAUGAUACUGUAUGAUGAAGUGCUAUAUGGCGGCAAGUUUGGAAAAUCCAAUCCAAACACAUAUUUAUCUAUCUUACUUUCUAUAUACAACAUACAACACCCACAAACAUGAUUAUUAUACUCAAGGUAGAAUUUAAUUCAUACAUCAUUGAUGAGUGAGAGAAUCUCUUUACCAGUUUACACUUUUGUUUAAGAGCCCGCCACACCGCGCUACGUCUGAAGCAGAGAACGUGAGAUUUUUUUAUAAUUGGAAAUUUUGUUGGUUAUUUUAUUCUAUAACUAUAAGUGCAUGUAGAAAAGAAUAUCUAUCUUGUAUUUCUUUUUCCUUAUUAUUUUCAUUUAGUUUGAAUUGGUUUUUUGUAUGAGAAAUUUUUUAUGAUUUACUGCUAUAAAAAAAGAAAAUUUUAUGUAUGUUGGUUGUUUUAGUUUGUUUGCUUAUUGUUGGCAUGAAAUCGGAAAUAAUUGUAGGAAUUUUAUUUAGUUUAUUUUAUAUAUUUUUUAAUUAAGCUAGUAGAGUCUUAAAGAAAAUUAUGUGCUCAUAAGAAAUAAAAUAAAACAAAAAUUAUAGAAUAUUAAAAAGAAAAACAAACAAAAAAAAAUAAA